AUGUCAUCGUAUUACAUUGAAGAGGAUGAUUCAUUUACUACUACCACUAAUAUUAAUGAGUCAUUAGCGGAAAUCAAUUCAUUAGCUUCUACUUCUAUUUGUAAAUGCGAAUAUGGAGAUGAUUCAAUCUAA